GGUUUCUAUUUCUUCAUUAAGCCAGCCGGCGAAGUGGCCAGCAGCUACAGAGGUGGUGGAGACAUGGCCUUUGGUGGUGCCCAGGCUUCCUACAUAAACCCAGUGGUCCCCUUCACUGGGAUGAUCCAAGGGGGUCUCCAGGAUGGACACAAGAUCGCCGUCAUUGGGGUCGUUCUUCCCUCAGGCGGGAACAGGUUUGCUGUGAACUUUCAGACCGGCUAUAAUGACAAUGACAUUGCCUUCCACUUCAAUCCACGGUUUGAAGAGGGUGGGUAUGUGGUCUGCAACACGAAGCAGAGAGGAAGCUGGGGGCCGGAGGAAAGGAAGAUGCAGAUUCCCUUCCACAGGGGGAGUUCGUUUGAGCUCUGCUUCCAUGUACAGAGCUCGGAGUUCAAGGUGACCGUGAACGGGAACCUCUUCAUGCAGUAUGCCCACCGCGUGCCCUUCCACCGAGUCGACACCAUCUGCAUCACGGGCAUCGUGAAGCUGUCCUCCAUCAGCUUCCAGAACAUCCACGCAGCUCCCAAGCAGCCCGCCUGCUCCAUGGUGCAGUUUUCCCCAGCUGCCUGUUUCCCACCCAGGCCCAGGGGGCGCAAAUCAAAACCUCCAGGGAGCUGGCCAGCCAACUCGGCUCCCAUUACUCAGACCGUCAUCCACACCAUACACAGCACCCCUGGACAGAUGUUCCCUAAUCCCGUGAUCCCACCCGUGGUGUAUCCCAACCCGGUUUACCAACUGCCUUUCUUCACCUCCAUCCUGGGUGGGCUGUACCCCUCCAAGAGCAUCCUGGUGUCGGGCACCAUCCUGCCCAGUGCUCAGAGGUUCUGCAUCAACCUGCGCUCAGGGAGUGACAUCGCCUUCCACCUGAACCCCCGCUUCGACGAGAACGCCGUGGUCCGCAACACGCAGAUCAACGGCUCCUGGGGGCCUGAAGAGCGAAGCCUGCCGCGAGGGAUGCCCUUCUUCCGAGGCCAGAGCUUCUCGGGGGCCUGUCUGUGCAGGUGUGGAUCAUGUGUGAAGGCCACUGCUUCAGGGUGGCCGUGGAUGGUCAGCACCUGUUUGAAUACCACCACCGCCUGAAGAACCUGACCGCCAUCAACAACCUGGAGGUGGGGGGCGACAUCCAGCUGACCCACGUGCAGACAUAGACCAGCCCCACCCUAUGUUGCUGUCUGGAUCUGCUCACCACCCACAUCGUCCCUGCCCCAGCCCCAGCCCCAGCCCCAGCCUGCCCAGGAUCUGGGGGCUUUGCUGGAGAGACCACAACCUUGACCGGCUCUGUUCCUGGCUGCAGCCAGCGCUGAGCGGAGAGGGCCGCUGGCCAGGACUGGGCAGCACCCAGAGCCUGCAGAAGACGGGUGGUCCACAGGCAGAAGGGCCUGUUCAGUUCCUGUGGCAGAAAGGGAGGGUCCUGGCCUUCCCAGGCUCCAGGCCUGCAGCCCCACCUGCCUCGAAACCACAUUCCCAUCCCCCAUUCAAGUUCACCUAGUCCGAGUGCCAGCUGUCACUCCAUGUGGGAAGCAGUAUCCUCGACCCCUCCCCUUUCUCCAACCUUGACCCUGUCCCCACUCUGUUCAAUCUACCCUGCUGACACCCCCGUGGCCCCCACUAAUGGACCGGGACCUUCUCAGCAGGGGGCUGUCCCUUUUCCCAGUGUCCUUCGAAUAAAGAAAGAGAGAAAAAGA